AUGCCUGCUGCCCGCCCCAAGAAGGAGAACACAUCGGCAACUCCUCCAUCUGACGACGGCCAACAUAAAGACUCACACGCCGAAAACAGCAAAAGCAAGAGAAAGUACUUGCGACGGCUCCAGGAAGCUGCUGCGGCUGCAUCUUCCAAUUCUCAACCAGAAUCCGCCCCUGCGGACCAAGCUGAGCCUCCAAUCAAUACCGCCAGUCCACCACAGCACAUCGUGACUUCACCCCUGGUCACCAAGAGCCCGACAGCGUUCUUGGAGCCAACGUUAGCGCCCCAUCCGAAUGUCCCCACGAGCAUGACUUUGCCCCCGUCUCGCUAUCCUAUUGCUGCUGAUACCUAUCACAACGCCCAAUACCCCUCUCACACCCCUCAGUCACCCUCCUUCAGUGGUCCCCGUUCAGCAGUCGAACCGAGUGGUCCCUCCCUUUUACAUGGUCAUGCCUCACCAAAGACCGAAGAGACCCCAUAUCCUCCCGACCAAUAUAACAACUACCCUGGCAUGUUCAACCAAUGGUCAUACAAGCAACCGCAAAUGGUACCUCUGCCACCUCCCCAAGCCGUACCCCCUCUCUCGUACUACUACCGACCUCGGCGCCUUGAAGAAAUCGCUCCUCGUGAUACCAUUUCGCUCAUCAUUGCUCUGUUCUUCGAUUUCGUAUACCCUCUAACGCCCUGCAUCCACAAACCUUCCUUUAUGGCCGACUUACACUCGCGGCGAGAGGAGCGCGACCCCCUAUUCUUCGCUCUCGUUAUGUCUACAGUUGCCUCGACACUGGUCCAGGUGCCACGAUCCUACCUUCCUAUGGACCGCCCAGUGGUGCGCAAACUUGCCCAGACGGCCCACGAAGCCAGCCGACAUAUCACGAUUGCUUCCUAUGACCCGCCGACGUCAUCACAUGUGGUGAUUCGAUACUUUGAUUGCAUUUACCACUUCUGUGAGGGCCAUGAUGCGACACAGCAUGCUGCGUUUGGUGAAGCUGCCCACAUUGCUGUUACUCUUCGUCUGCACGAGGAGAGCUCGUAUGAGGGCCUUGACCCGAUCGAAUGCGAAGUUCGGCGGAGGAUAUUCUGGCUCCUUUUCGGCGCGGACAAAUCAAUGUCCAUUCUCCUCGGCCGUCCCAUUUGCCUCCGGGACGAGGACUGCACCGUGCACUUCCCUAAAGAACUCGAUGACGAAUACAUUACUCCGAGUGCUUACUUACCCCAGCCCCACGGCAAGACCGCCCUUGUCUCAGGUCUUAAUUACAUCUCGCGGAUAUUUGCACUCCUCGGCGAGAUUCUGGUCAGAAUUCGAGUGGACAAGAGAUCGCCUCCCCAAGGUCAAUUUGCUACUGCCAGACUUGAAGAAGUGCAAUCACUCCAUCAACGUAUUAUGUCCGCUCUCAGCCAUACACCCGAGCCCCUUCGACUGAAGCCGCCGAGCCAACAUCAACAAGUUUCCAUGGAAUACGGCGGGGCUGGAUUCCGCCAGGCCACGUUCGCUGAAGUAAAGGAUUUCUUCGACAACCCCAACGCUUCCCGCGCAAACGCCCUUAACCCAUUCCUCGUCAUGCAAGCCAACCUUUACGUUACCCAGCAACUUGUCCGAUUUGUGAUCGACCAAUACCGCGAUGAACUUAUCAUGACUCUCCACGGCAGUCUUGACGAACAGAAAAUUGCAGAGGAUCGAGAAGCGGUUGCUAGUGACUUGCUGAACAUCCUGCACACCAUCCCGAUCCAGUCAAUAGCAACGAAUGGACCCAGUUUGGUCCACAAAGUGCGGUUUGUAGCCUCGACGCUGCUGGAUGCCGUGCGCAAAGCUGAAACUGCACCGGCCUCUGCCGCUCGCGCCCAUGCCUACCUUUGGGACUUCUUGAGCAUUCUCUCCGAAAUCGAACGGAACUAUCUCCUGGACGAAGACAGGGAUGGCACAUCGAGUGGCGACGGUAUCCCUAUGGUGGCUUGA